UAGUGGUUUAGGAAAGGUCGCGUUGGGGCCCCUAGAUCUGCUGCGAAUCGAGUCGACUCGCAGUUCAUACCGCGAGUGUUUUGUUUUGGUUGCGUGCGGAUUCUGUCUGCUAAGUGUGCUGUGCGGUGGUGUUUUUCCGCACCAUGGGCAACAAGCUGUGCAAGAAGAAGGUGGAUGCCGUGGAUAACCCCAACCCCAAGUCGCCCACGCCCUUUGACAGGAUAAUAAACAGACUGCAUUUGCGUCCCAGUUCGUGGAAGUCCGAUCCUCAGCUGAACCACAAGCAGACCGACAGAUACGAUGUCAAAUCGGCUCACCCGAACGAAAAAUCGAACAACAUUACCCGAACCCAGCCUCUGUCGAAAUCCUCCGAUUGGACGGAAGUGGACCUCGAGGUGCCCGAAAAGGACGAGCACAUUCACCUGAGGAAUCCCCAACUGUCCAUAAUUUUCAGCAAGGAAAACGGUACCCCUACCCCUCCACCCAGGAAGCCUAAGAAAAAUUUCAGGGAAAAGAUCGAGGCGGUAGCCAAGAACAGUUUUCAAGCUUUCCAGACGAAGAAGCCUGCUGAAGAACCGAUUUGCGUGAAGAAAACGAUCAAUUACAAAUGCCCUCUAUGCGAUGAAGACCAACGUAAUCAUAACAGGGACCAUCACCAUCCCCACCAUCACCACGAUCACGACAAUCAAAACAAUGACAAGAAAAACGAUGGUAAGAGAGAAGGGAAACAAAGUCCGGUCAAAUCCAGCGAUAAAAAAUCGAACAAAGAACAGAAACGAAGGAAAAAUUUGUCUGUUGUUUCAUUACCAAACUACAACGAGCUCAAACUAACUGUAGCACAUUUCGAUGACAUCGACAAAACCGACGGUGAAAAAAGUAACAAUUCCUUGGUCUCUCUGCCCAUAGAAGGUAAAAAAGCCGCGGCAGGCUCCACAGGAAGACUGGAUAAUUACAUAACUAGGUGUAGAAGUUUCGGAUCUCUCCUUCCUCAGCAACUAAAGAAACUGAGAGCUCGCAAAGCACCAGCAGACGUCGAGAGCGACGAUUCCUUUGGGGCAUUAGAAGACUGGGAUCUAGGACUCAUAGAACAUUACAAUCCUAAAGACGCUAGUCUUCCCCGACCUAGAAAGGUUCAGAGAAACAGCAAAGACGCCAUGGCUGAUAUAGAAAAUCUGAUAGUUACCGAAGAGGACUUAGAAAAGGUUAAACCCAAACCACCAGUGAGGAGAUCAGAAUCCUUGGUGAAGAAAAUCAACAGGGAAGGUGCUGAAAGUGCUUUAAAGAGAUCAAAGGACGCGCUGGCCGAACCACUCGUUCAAAGAACGGAAUCCAAAAGCGUGACUCCACCACCUUCACCCACUUUAGAACCGGAACCCCAGGAAAGGUUAUUUAUAUCGAAUUUACCUACUCAAGAGGACGGCAAAGUUGAACAUUCUAGUCUUAUGAGGAUCUUGGAGCAAUUCAGUAUAAGAGACAAACAAGGGGCUGACGCAGAUUUAAACGAUAACAAUGUAAGGCACGACGAAAGUAGCACGAAAAAUAACAGCAACCAAUCCUCAUUGACACCUUCUUUAUUGGAGUUCGAGAAGAACAUCAAUACGAACCCCGUAGAGGAAUUUAUUGCCGCGGAGAAACUGAAUACGGAGAAGGAUUUGAAUUUCGCGAAGCAAACUCCGACCGCUGUGAGUUAACAUUUUCCAGUUAAGGGUUCGCAUUUGUAAAUUAGUCAUUGUGGAUAUUAACAAAGUUUUAUUAAGUCACUAUUCUUGUUCUUAGAAAUGUAAUUUAGCCUCCAAUUUGUUGUAAGAAAUUGUACAUAUAUAUAUAUUUAUAGUUUUUUAUGUAAUCCUAUUUUAUUUAAAACAUUAAAGUGAUGCCUUAA